UUCCAUCUCCUACCACUCUUCUUCUCCUUCUCUCUCUUUUCUGUUAACCAGAGCAACCACACUGUGAAGAACCUUCCUCUUCUUCUCGUUCAUGGAGCUUCAGAGGCGCCAAGAUCAGAGCCUCUCACAGAGGAAGGGGCAGAAGCGGAAGCUGGACGAGGAACUACACGAGGAGCGGCAGAUCUUGGCUGCGCCGCCAACCGCCGGCGAGCGUGAGGCGCUUCUCGCCGACGUCGCCGAACAGGUGAGCGUCCUCGAGUCUACUUACACGUGGAACGAAGCCGAUCGAGCAGCGGCCAAGCGCGCCACUCACGCGCUCGCCGAUCUAGCGAAGAAUGAGGAAGUGGUGAACGUGAUUGUUGAAGGAGGCGCGGUUCCGGCUUUGGUUAAGCAUCUUCAGGCGCCGCCUCUGAGUGAUCGUGUUCAGAAGCCAUUGCCGUUUGAGCAUGAGGUUGAGAAAGGGAGCGCUUUCGCUCUAGGACUUCUUGCCGUCAAGCCAGAACAUCAACAACUCAUUGUUGACAGUGGUGCCUUAACACAUCUUGUUGAACUUUUAAAGAGACAUAAGAAUGGCUUAACUUCUCGUGCCAUUAAUAGUCUCAUUCGUAGGGCUGCAGAUGCUAUUACUAAUCUUGCUCAUGAGAACAGCAGCAUUAAAACUCGUGUCAGGAUGGAAGGUGGCAUUCCACCACUUGUUCAUUUGCUUGAAUUUGCUGAUGCAAAGGUGCAAAGAGCAGCUGCUGGUGCACUGCGGACCCUGGCUUUUAAAAAUGAUGAAAAUAAAAAUCAGAUUGUUGAAUGCAAUGCUCUUCCAACUUUGAUUUUAAUGUUACGUUCUGAAGAUGCUGCUAUUCAUUAUGAAGCGGUUGGUGUGAUUGGAAAUCUAGUCCAUUCUUCACCUAAUAUAAAGAAGGAGGUUCUUCUUGCUGGAGCUUUACAACCAGUUAUUGGAUUACUUAGUUCCUGCUGCUCUGAAAGCCAGAGGGAAGCAGCCUUGUUACUUGGACAAUUUGCAGCAACUGAUUCAGACUGCAAGGUUCACAUUGUACAGAGAGGUGCUGUCCAACCUUUGAUAGAGAUGCUUCAGUCUCCUGAUGUUCAACUCAGAGAAAUGUCUGCCUUUGCAUUAGGGAGAUUGGCCCAGGACUCUCAUAACCAGGCUGGUAUUGCACACAAUGGUGGCUUAGUUCCAUUACUCAAGCUUCUUGACUCAAAAAAUGGAUCUUUGCAACAUAAUGCUGCUUUUGCUCUUUAUGGCCUUGCAGAUAAUGAGGAUAAUGUGUCCGAUUUCAUCAGGGUAGGUGGAGUUCAGAAACUGCAGGAUGGAGAAUUUAUUGUUCAAGCAACAAAAGAUUGUGUUGCCAAGACAUUGAAAAGAUUAGAGGAGAAGAUUCACGGCCGUGUGCUGAAUCAUCUGUUAUAUCUUAUGCGAGUUUCCGAAAAGGGUGUUCAAAGACGAGUUGCAUUAGCUCUUGCGCAUCUUUGUUCUGCAGAUGAUCAGAGAAAUUUUUUUAUUGAUCACUAUGGUCUUGACUUGCUCAUUGGACUUCUUGGCUCGUCUGGUUCUAAGCAGCAACUUGAUGGUGCUGUAGCUUUAUGCAAGUUGGCCAAUAAAGCCUUGACCCUGUCUCCUGUGGAUGCUGCUCCUCCUUCUCCAACACCACAGGUUUAUUUAGGAGAGCAGUAUGUAAACAAUGCUACAUUAUCUGACGUUACAUUUUUGGUCGAAGGUAAACGAUUUUAUGCACAUAGAAUUUGUCUACUUGCAUCAUCAGAUGCGUUUCGGGCAAUGUUUGAUGGUGGUUAUAGGGAGAAGGAUGCAAGGGACAUUGAGAUUCCAAAUAUUAGAUGGGAAGUUUUUGAGUUGAUGAUGAGAUUUAUAUAUUGUGGAUCAGUUGAUGUCACUCUGGAUAUUGCUCAGGAUCUUCUUCGAGCAGCUGAUCAAUAUCUUUUAGAAGGACUUAAGAGACUUUGUGAGUACACAAUUGCACAGGAUAUAUCCCUUGAGAACGUGUCAAGUAUGUAUGAACUUUCAGAAGCCUUCAAUGCUAUAUCAUUGAGGCAUGCGUGCAUUCUUUUUAUCUUGGAGCAAUUUGAUAAAUUGAGUGCAAGACCUGGGCACUCACUUCUGAUUCAGCGCAUAACACCAGAGAUCCGCAAUUAUUUUGUUAAAGCUCUUACAAAGGCCAACUUUCAUAACAACCGACUGUAGUUUGCGGUCAUUCUAUUCUUGACCUCUAACCGAUUGUGCUGUACAGAACAGAAUAUUGUAGAUGUUAUUCCUUUUGUUGAACCAGGAAGGGGUCUCCUGUAUGGUAUACACUAACAGCUUGGCUAAAAGAAAUAUCUGACACCUGAGUCAUGCAUCUUCUUCUUUGUUUUUCAAAUGAGGUGUAAGCCCCUUUCUGUCUUUAGCGUCAUUAUCAUAGAAUAGCAAUUAUGACCUUCACGAACAUUGUUUUUUCCUCAUUCAAGUGAUGGUUAUAUGACAUGAUAGUUCUUUUCUCGGAUGAUUCUACAUUCGGGGAAUUACAGUGGUUGAGUUUUAUUAUUGUAGGUGUAAAUAUUGCUUCCCCAAUGUAUAUAUGACAGUUUUCCGCAAGAAAAUUGUGAGGCUGGAGUAACUUAUGCCUGGCCAUUAAAAACCUGUCAUCCGACAAGGAAAUGUGUUGUAAAUUGCUGUUGCAAAUAAUUUAAAUACUCGCAUAUCCCAAGCAUGCUGGUGAAACUGCUGAAAAUUUCAAUAUUUAUGUAUGCAUGCAAUCCAGCAAAAGUAGUUCUUGGUUUGUGAUGAAAAGAAAUAAUUCAUUAAUGGCAGAAACAGUAUAUCUUAGUUAUAUGUACAGUUAGCUUGAUCUAAUUAUGGUAGCUAUUCAGUGAUUAAACUGCGAAUCAUGACUUCUUGCUAAACUAUACAAGCACGUGCAUAAACAUCUACGCAGGACAAAGGCCAACAGAGACUGCUAAGUGGUUGCAUGCUCAAAACAUGAUAAGUUCUCUAAUACCUUGCUUCUGGAG